AUGAACGCUUUGUCUCAAGUUAUAAUUUUGGCACUUCUUGCCGUUUCGGCUUUUGCCGAAGAAAUUGAAACCGAUCCACUAUGUGCUGGUGUUCCACCCGGCAAGGAAUACUUUUUCCCAUACCCUGGAGAUUGUACUAAGUUCUAUAUUUGUAAGGAUGGUGAAAAAUACCUUGAACCUUGCCCAGAUGGGAAAUGGUUUAACGAGGCAUUGCAAUCCUGCGAUUAUCCUGAUUCCUCUGGAUGCCUUCCAAUUACAUGUCCUCCCGGCGUCGUCGAUUACUACCCUUACCCUUCGGACUGCACCAAGUACAUAGAAUGCUACCGUGGCACAGCAAAUGUGUCCUCAUGUCCCGACAACUUCUGGUUCAACCGCGCCGAAAAACGGUGUACCAACCCUGAGGACUCGGGAUGUGGGCAGUAUUCCUCCUCUGUUCAACCAACUUGGAGUACCCCAAAUCCCAUUUGUUGGGGGGUACUCCCCCAUGAAACAAUCCUUAAACCGUACCCCGGGGACUGUAAUAAAUUUUAUGAAUGUGAUGGUUCUACACAGAGCGAAAAGAACUGCCCAUCUUAUUUGUAUUUCAACUAUGCUAGACAGAUGUGUGACUGGCCGGAUGUGUCAGGAUGCGAUGAUACUACUGAAACCCCAGAUCCGUAUAGUACCACUACUAUAACACCCCCAACCACCCCUCAUGGUAACGACGACCCUCGAUGCGCUGAUGGUAAGCAUGAUUAUUGGCCAGACCCUGAUUGUACCAGAUACGUGGAGUGUUUAAAUGGUGAAGGGUAUGUUUGGUCCUGCCCAUCUGGGCUAUAUUUUGACUCAGUUGAUAAGAAAUGUGAACCUCCUGGUCAAGCUGAUUGCGGUCGUACUACACCAACACCUGACCCAUGGACGACUACGAAAUCCUCCGAUUGGACCCCAGAUCCCGAUUGUCUUUUCCCCAGUGAAGUGAGGUAUCUCUUCCCAUAUCCCGGAGAUUGUACCAAAUUUUUGGAAUGUUGGGAUGGAGAAAAAACGACACAAAAUUGUCCCACUGGUCUUUGGUUUAAUCCAGAUUUGAUGGUUUGUGAUUAUCCCUACCAUUCUGGCUGUAAAUACGCCAAGGAGGAGCAAGAAUUGGAAUCGACCAAGGGGAGUGUACAACUCCCACCAAAUCAGACUGUGGUCAACCCGAUUCUCCUUCCCCUACCACCAGCAAGGGACCCACCCAUUGGGCACCAGACCCAGAUUGCCGCCCAUGGCGACCCUCUCUGUGCGGGUCUUCCCAGGGACACGGAAAUACUUUUCCCAUCACCAAUCGAUUGCAGUAUUUAUUACAAAUGUUACAAUGGAAAUUUUUCGGAGCAGAAGUGUCCCCAAGACUUGUAUUUCAGCGAAUUUAACAACAGAUGUGUGGAGGCGCAAUACUCGGAAUGUAUGGGGGGUACUGGAACGCCGCCUCCCCCCACCUCAUCCACUACAACUUCCACGACAGUGCCCCCAACUGAAACUCCAGAUCCUGUGGACCCCCGAUGUGUUGACAAUGAGACAUCCUAUUGGCCCCACGUGAGCGUCUGCCACCUGUAUGUCGAAUGCUACGAGGGCAAAUCAUACGAAGUGACUUGCCCCUCAAACACCUAUUUCUCCGACCAACACAAGAAGUGUGUUCUUGCAAGCGAAUCCGAAUGCUUUAAGAUUUGGUUGUUACCCGGAGUCGGAGUCGUUAUUGUUGUUGUUGGUGUUGGUGUUGGUGUUGGUGUUGGUGUUGAUGUUGGUGUUGUCGUUGUUGUUGUUGUCGUUGUCGUUGGUGUUGGUGUUGGUGUUGGUGUUGUUGGUGUUGUCGUUGUUGGUGUUGUCGUUGUUGGUGUUGUUUCCAUCAUGAAGAAUCAAAUCUUCAGCUUGUGUUUGUUUCUUAUUGCCCUUUCCUGUGCUCAGGCACGACAGGUGGCUGUCGCUACCCCCGACCCCGGUCCCGAGUGCCCCUCCCCCUCCAGUGAUAUUAUUUAUUUCCCUUACGAGGGGGAUUGCACCAAGUACUGGGAAUGCUACGCGGGACACAGUUACCUUUACUCGUGUCCUGAGGGACUUUGGUGGCACCAGGAAAUCAGCGAAUGUGAUUAUCCGGGAGAUUUCUGCACGGAUGGGACAACCGCGACGGGUUGGACUUCAACAUCUACGAGGUCAACUUCGAGUGGGUCAAGUACCACGCAAGGCGAUUUGCCGGAUUGUACCGGGACUGGGGAUGAUCCCGUCUACUAUCCCUAUCCCGGGGAUUGUACUAAGUACUACGAGUGUGCUAAUGGCAGGUUGUACACGUAUAAUUGUCCACCGGAUUUGUGGUGGCACCAGGAAAUAAGUGAGUGUGACUAUCCGGGAGAUUUUUGCGUUCCUGAUACACGACGCAAUGUUUUUGUGCAUUUAGAGGCACGACGGGUGGCUGUCGCUACCCCCGACCCCGGUCCCGACUGCCCCUCCAGUGGGAACACUUUUAUUCCUUACAAGGGGGAUUGUAACAAGUACUGGGAGUGCUUCAACGGAAAGAGCAUGCUUCACUCGUGUCCAGACGGACUUUGGUUUCACCCGGAGCUCCAAACAUGUGACUUACCGGGAGAUUUUUGCGUUCCUGAUACACGACGCAAUAACUUUACCAACAGUGAGGCACAACGGGUGGCUGUCGCUACCCCCGACCCCGGUCCCGACUGCCCCUCCAGUGGGCAUACUUUUAUCCCUUACAAGGGGGAUUGUAACAAGUUCUGGGAGUGCUACGCGGGACAGAGUUUCGUUUUCUCGUGUCCUGUCGGACUUUGGUUUCACCCGGAGCACAUGAAAUGUGAACUUCCGGGAGAUUUCUGCACGGAUGGGAUAAGAACGUCGGGUUGGACUUCAACAUCUAGGAGGUCAAUUUCGAGUGGGUCAAGUAACACGCAAGGCGAUUUGCCGGAUUGUACCGGGACUGGGGAUGAUCCCGUCUAUUAUCCCUAUCCCGGGGAUUGUACCAAGUACUACGAGUGUGCUAAUGGCAGGUUGUACACGUAUAAUUGUCCACCGGAUUUGUGGUGGCACCAGGAAAUAAGCGAGUGUGACUAUCCGGGAGAUUUUUGCGUUCCUGAUACACGACACAAGUGAAAAAUGUGAAAAUAUUUCCAAUAAAUGAAUUGUAACUUCUAGUAAUAUGAAUAAAACUUUUGUUUAUUUAA